UCAAGCCUGCUCGAAAUGAACGCUUCCCUUAGCCGGAGCAGGCAAUUCUCCGGUCACAUUCGCCACCGGCGAACUAUUUCCACAACGCGCAAAUUCAACAACCAAGGAAACGACAAAAACUUCAUAGCAACUCUAAAUGAAAUCGUUCGGAGCAAACGGAGCUGGAAUAUAGCACUGAACAGCACCAUUUCCACCAGACUGAAAACCCAUCACGUAGAGCAAAUUCUACUUCAAACCCUUGAUGAUUCUAGGUUGGCUUUACGGUUCUUCAAUUUUCUUGGCCUUCACAAGAACUUUUAUCAUUCAACGAUGUCGUUUUGCAUUCUAAUACAUUCCCUUGUUCAAUCCAAUCUUUAUUGGCCUGCUACUUCACUUUUGCAGACCCUAUUGCAAAGAAAAGUGAACCCAAGUUUUGUUUUUGACAAUUUGUUAGAUGUGUAUAAAAGAUUCAAUUUUGGUCACACUUUGGGUUUUGAUUUGCUAAUCCAAAAUUAUGUUCAGAAUAGGAGAGUAAUGGAUUCUGUGUUGAUUGUUAGGCUUAUGAUGAAGCAUUCAUUAGUACCAGAAUUAAGGACUUUAAGCACUGUGCUAAAUGGGUUGAUUCGAAUAAGACAGUUUGAUUUGGUUUUGCAAUUGUUUGAUAAUGCAGUAAAUUCGGGUGUUAAGCCUGAUGAGUAUAUUUAUACAGCUGUGCUUAAAAGUUUGUGUGAGUUGAAAGAUUUUGAAAAGGCUAAGGAAAUGAUGAAUUGGGUUGAGAGAAGUGGGAGUAAAGUGAGUGUUAUUUUAUACAACAUAUUGAUUCAUGGGUUCUGUAAGGGUGGAAGAGUUUGGGAAGCUGUUGAAAUUAAAAGUUUGUUGGUUAGCAAAGGAUUGAAUGCUGAUACUGUCACUUAUUGUUCUUUGAUUUUGGGGCUGUGUAAAGUGAAUGAAUUUCAGCUUGCUCGAAGGUUAGUGGAUGAGAUGUUGGGGCUGCUUUUGGUUCCUCGUGAGGCUGUAGUGUCGAGUGUUGUUGACGGGUUGAGGAGAGAGGGUGAUUGUGUAGCUGCUUAUAGAUUAGUUGAUAUGACAGGGAAAGUUGGAGUUGUGCCCAAUUUAUUUGUUUAUAAUGCAUUGCUUAAUUCUUUGUGCAAAGAUGGGAAGUUGGAUGAAGCAGAGUCUCUUUUUAAUAGAAUGGAGGAUAAAGGGUUGUGCCCAAAUAGUGUAACUUAUUCCAUCAUGAUUGACUCUUUCUGCAAACAAGGGAGAUUAGAUGCUGCAGUUCUUCUUUAUAAUAGAAUGCUUGAUAAUGAGGUAGAAUUAACCAUAUACCCUUACAAUUCUCUCAUCAAUGGCUAUUGCAAGGCUGGAAAAUGCAGUGCGGCGGAAUCUAUGUUUAAUGAGAUGAUUGAUAAAGGAUUGACCCCAACUGUUGUAACCUAUACUUCAUUGAUAGAUGGUUACUGCAAGGAAAGAGAAGUGCGGAAGGCCUUUAGGCUUUACCAUGAGAUGACUGGCAAAGGAAUCUCACCUAAUACUUUCACUUUCACUGCACUAAUCUCUGGUUUUUGCCGUGCACACAUGAUGGUAGAAGCAAGUAAGUUAUUUGAUGAGAUGGUGAAAAUGAAUGUAACUCCUAAUGAGGUCACUUAUAAUGUCUUGAUUGAAGGAUAUUGUAAAGAUGGAAACACCAUAAAGGCUUUUGAAUUGCUAGAUGAAAUGUUGAAGAAGGGUCUCGUUCCUGACACAUAUACGUACAGAUCUCUGAUAACUGGACUUUGUGCAAAAGGUCAAGUAUCUGAAGCAAAAGAGUUUGUUGAUGACCUUCAAAACCAGCGUCAUUAUCUGAAUGAAAUGUGUUUCUCUGCUCUCUUACAUGGUUAUUGUAAGGAAGGAAGAUUAAAGGAUGCACUAACCACUUCUGAUGAGAUGGCAGAAAAGGGAAUAAGCAUGGACCUUAUGUGCUACGGUGUACUUAUAUAUGGAACUCUAAAGCAUCAUGAUUGGAAAUAUUUAUUAAAUAUAAUGAAGGAGAUGCACGACCGAGGAAUGAAGCCUGAUGAAGUAAUAUACACCAGCAUGCUCAAUGCAUAUGGAAAAGUUGGUGAUCUUAAAAAAGCUUUUAAAUGCUGGGAUAUAAUGGUCAGUGAAGGAUGCUUCCCAAAUAUGGUGACGUAUACUGUGAUGAUAAAUAACUUGUGCAAGGCUGGAUUAGUAGAUAAAGCAGAGAUAUUCUACAAGGAAAUGUUAGCUAAAGGGUUGACACCUAACCAGUUCACAUAUAGUUGUUUCCUUGAUUAUCUCACUGAUGAAGGGUACAUGGUAGAAGCUAAACAGCUUCAUGAUGCAAUGCUUAAAGGGUACCUUGCAAAUACUGUGACAUACAAUAUUAUUAUACGGGGAUUGUGCAGAUUAGACCAAAUUCAGGAAGCGAUGGAUAUUUUGCUUGAAAUGAAGGACAAUGGUAUCUCCCCAGAUUGCGUAAGUUACUCAACUAUCAUUUAUGAAUUCUGUAGGAGGGGUGAUCUGUUAGGAGCAAGAGGCUUGUGGGAAUCCAUGUUGACUAAUGGUCUGAAGCCUGAUGCAGUGGCUUAUAACCUUUUCAUUUAUGGUUGCUGCAUCGCUGGAGAAUUGUCCAAGGCAUUUGAAUUGCGUGAUGAGAUGAUAAGAAGUGGUCUGAAGGUGACUCAUGCAACAUAUGCUUCUUUAAUCCAUGGAACCUGAAAAAUGGGGCAGUCCACCAGAUCUGCUAGCGCUGCUGCAAGGAUCAUUUACUAUGAUCAAGUAAUGACUAUCAAAAUUCAGGAUAUUUGUACAGGACGUGAUCAUGUCAACCUUUACUCUAAAAUGCCUCAUCCAUGAAUAGUUUAACGUCCUGCCUUCUUAUAUGAGGACAUGAACUAUGAGUUGGGCAUCUUUAGAACUUCAAGGGAGGUAGUUUGACAUUUUUUUUUC